CGUCGGUAGGAGUUAUUCCCCCGAACUUCGUCAACAACUGCUCGUCCGUCGUGUGUGUGUUUUGCUACAAUUAGAAACGGAAUGGAACAUGUUAGUGCCCAAAGUGUGUACGAUGGUGAGCAGAAGCUUUGGUACGGUGAGCGGUUACCGUCGGUGUUAAAUCCUGCGGCCGGCAUUGGCCGUAUCGUGCUCGAUUCGUUGGCCCGCUGCCCUGAUCGUGUGAUACAGAUCAAUGCGGACACCGGUCGGAAGACAACUUGCGGUGAGAUGAGGCUGCGCAUUAUACGCGUGGCGCUGCAUCUUCGCCGCCUCGGUUACAAACGUGGUGACUUUGUGAGUCUUGCCUGUGGAAACGGGGAGAAUGUGGUGCCGGUGUUGAUCGGCUGUUGGGUGCUAGGGUUGGCCGUCAAUCCACUCGCACCCAUCUUCGGCAGGGACGACUUCGAGCACAUGAUGAAGCAAACGCAAUCCGCACUGGUGUUCUGUGAUCCGGCCAACAGGGAGGUGGUCGCAGAAGCCGCCCAGAAUGCAAUCCGUUCGAAGGUUCAACUGUUCGUGACGGGGAAGGCGGACGGGAAGGGUGUCCGAUCGGUCGACGAGCUGUUGGAACCGAUCGAGGGUGAGUUAUGUUUCCGUCCGGAAUAUCUCGGCGAUGCCACCAAACUACUCGCGAUGGUUCUGUGCUCUUCCGGCACAACCGGACUGCCCAAGGGCGUUUGUCUUUCGCAUGCACACUUUGUGGAUGGAAUGGUGUUUUCCACGGACGUUUCCGAUGGACCCAUCUUUAACUUUAGCUCACUGUUCUGGGCCACCGGUAUCUUUGCCGUGAUGACAUCCCUGUUCCACAGUCGUCCGCGUGUCCUCACAAGCAAACCCUGCCAGCCGGAUCUUCUGUUGGAUCUGAUCGAGAAGUAUCGCAUCGAGAAUCUGUUCACACCACCGUCCUACGUGUCCGCCUUGCUCGCACAUCCUCGGCUCCCAACGGCGGACCUUAGCAGCGUACGACAGUGGUCACUCGGAGGCUCCAUGGUUCCGGCGGAAUUAAUUCUACGACUCCAGAAACUGCUUCCCAAUGGACACACCCGUUCCAUCUAUGGCAGUUCGGAGAUCGGGUUUAUCACGCGUAACGACGUCACGGUAAAGCCCGGUUCCGUUGGUCCACUUACAACGAACGUUGAGUGCCGGGUGGUGGAUGAGGAUGGGCGAGUAGUUGGACCGGGCACAUCCGGCGAGCUUCUGUUGCGCCAUCGGUACAUGUUUCUGGGUUACCUUUACAACGAGGAAGCCACGAAGAAUGCCCUUACGGAGGAUGGAUUCUUCCGGAGCGGUGACAUCGGGUACAUGGACGCCGAUGGCAGUCUGCACGUGAUCGAUCGCAUCAAAGACAUCAUCAAGUACAACAACUUCCAGGUGUCACCGUCCGAUCUGGAGGGCAUCAUACAGAAGAUGGACGGUGUGAAGCAGGUGUGUGUAAUCGGCAUUCCAUCGCCGGACGGAUCGACCGAUCUGCCGAUGGCGGUCGUGGAGCGCAAACCUGGCAGUGUGCUGCGGGCAGAAGACAUUGUACGGCACGUGGAUGGGCUGGUGACGGAUUUCAAACGACUGCGCGGUGGCGUACGGUUCGUCGACGGAUUUCCGAUGACACCGUCCGGCAAGAUUGUGCGGCGUGCUGUGAAGAAGAUGAUCGACGAAGCAGUGUAGAGAACAGGGAACCAUUAGUAUUCUUGAUGCGUGCUUGAACAUUUGUUUAGUAAAUCAGUGUUUGGCAAGGGUCUGAUUAUGACUGUCAGCGCGUGAUCAUUUGUAGCUAGUGUUGGGUAUUUCAGAUUGAGAUUCAUGAAUCUGAACGAAUUUUUGCACUGAAUGAAUGAAUCUAAAUCUCUAUUCCGAAGAUUCAUGAAUCCUCAGCAGUGGAGGAUCAAUCCCCUUGGAUGGAGGCCCAGGGCGGAAUUAUAGUUGGGGCCUCUAAUUUUAAAAACGACGAAGAAGGGGGGGGGGGGGGGGCAUUGAGGCCCUUGAAAUGAUCUGCAACCACAUUUGUCCAAUUUUCCUAUGAUAGUCCCGGUGCAAGAGUCGGUUCCUGUCGCGCAAAUGAAACCAACAAAACAAAUAAAACCAAACUGAAAAUACU